GGAUGGAUCGUGCUAAAGGACCAUCGUCCUAUUUAGUGAAUAAUGGUGGUCCACAUGAAAUGUUCUCUGAAAGGAGGGCCCCUGCAGUGGAGACAUCUCGAGGACAACUUCAAAGCGGCGGCGCUGGACGAGCGUAUAAAUAUUGCUUCUACAGCCUUCAUCCUCUAUCCCCAACUCACUGCACUUACUGCUACUGCGAACACGCGCACAUCCCCUUGACAUUAAAAUCAACUAUCUGCUCACCCAAAUGAACCAAUCCACCACCCCUGUCUCCUCAUCGAACGGUUCCGAUUAUUCCAACGGAACCCAAUAUAUGCCGAACACCGGCAUGUAUAUGGGCCAAUUUCACUGGCCCCAGCCCGCAUGCAUUCCUCAUCCAGGCUAUGCCCCUGCACACCCCCAAUACCCGUAUGGCGUUCCAGCUAAUGGGACGCAUGUCCCAUACGCGCCCGUCGCACCUUCGUCUGGUGUGGGUGCUGGAGUUGCGCCUCACGCGUCCCAACCGGGACAAAAUGGUUGUCAUCCUCCUACAGGAGCCAAUGUCGCGUGUGCCACUAAUGUUGGUCCAUACCCACCGCUAGCUACUGUUGCUCCUCCCCCACAACACCCAUCUGCGCCCUUCCUGUACCAUCAACCCUUCCCGUCUGUUUCUCAACCGGGAGCCGCGAACCCUUGCGUUCCACCCAUGCCGCACCAAGGAUGCCUCGACCAGCACCGCGGGUCUGAGCUUACAACGGGCUCUGCUUCCUCGUCUCUCCCUAAAGUACCAAGUUCCCCAGUCGGUCAAAAACACAGUGCGGAAGACAUAGAGUGCGACAUCAAACGAAACAAAGUCUACGGCGGGAUGAAGAACGAUCCGUUGUUUACACCCGUGUUAGAUCACUUUGGUCAACCCAACGGGACAUACAAGUGUUCUAGGGACGGCAUGGUACUCAAUCCUGAAAGCUAUCGCAGACACAUCAGGACACAAAGGCACCUAGGCAUCAAACUAGAGAAAUUCAAAUGCUCUGAUUGUUCCAAAACGUAUACGAGAAAAGAUGCGUACAAGAGACACCUGGUCAAUGGCAAGUGCGGACAGUCGACAGAUGCGAACGCUCCACCGUCGUGCUCGGCUAGUCAGAACUCGACGAGUUCCGCUCCUGCCACGCCUGUGACAGCAGCACCUACCAUGGCGUUGACUAACUCCCACCCAUGCUCCACGUCCGCCACAUCGAUGUCCCCGAACAUGCAGAUCGCACCCCUAGCAGAUUGUGUUGCGCAGUCGCGUAAAACACCCAGUCUCGCUGAUCCUUCACCACUAUCUCAAUUGCUAGAGAAUGACAUGGCCACAGAGCCCGCUGGAGAAGACGACUACGCUAAUUUUUGGAAGGCUUAUGAGUUCAAGGACGCUUUUGAGAAGUAGUCAUAUUUCACUUCUGUAACUGACUGUUUCUUUGUUUUGUUAUCUGUUAUCAUUCAUUCAUGUACUAUUAUCUUUCCACACACUGCA